AUGUUAUUCGCAUCUACAGUGGUAUACCUGUACCUGUUGAUAUUAUCUUCCAUCGUAGUUACUACCUCUGCUUCCGUCCACAUCUACGAUCAUGAACCUUUCAAAGAAGUCGGCAAUGCUUACCUGCUCUCCGGUGGAAGCGAAGGCAUUGUCGCUCCCGAACCUAACUCCAUCGGCCUUGGCCGUUCUUACAUCAGAUUUGAGAAUAUUACCUUUUGGAGAAGCAAAGCUGCAGCCAAGGAACGCAGUACCGCACCAAUACACAUUAUAAUUUUUGAGGCUGCUGAUCGUAAUGAUAUAGGUGGUUCUGCUUAUGGUGGACAACGGGCAAUCUGUUGCACCCCUGAUUUAGCCAAAAUGGAAGGUUGUAAGCAAGGAGAGGUUAUUAGGAGACCUUCUGCAACAGACAUUAAUUGGCCGGUCAUUUUAGAUGUAUAUUUCAAGGGGAAAUACCUAACUACAACUCUAAAUUCUAAGGAUGUUGCCAUCUCAAAGACUGGAAUGUAUAACUUGUUUUUUGUAGCUUGUGACCCCAAGCUCAAGGAAAUGGUAAUGAGCGGGAAGACGAUCUGGAAAAACCCCGAUGGAUACUUACCUGGUAGGAUGGCCCCGUUGAAGAAGUUCUAUGUAUUUAUGGCACUGGCUUAUGUCUGCCUAAGCAUCGUUUGGUUUCUUCAGUAUGUGAGGUUUUGGAAUGAUGUACUGCAACUUCAGCACUGUAUCACAGCUGUCAUUGCCCUUGGAUUGUUUGAGAUGAUUCUCUGGUAUUUUGAGUAUGUGAAUUUCAACGAUACUGGUAUGAGGCCCGUUGUGGUCACAACAUGGGUUGUCACUGUUGGGACUAUAAGAAAAACGAUAUCACGACUUCUUAUUCUCUCUGUUUCAAUGGGUUAUGGUGUUGUGCGACCCACUCUUGGAGGUCUUACAUCAAAGGUUCUUUUGCUUGGAAUAACUUACUUUCUAGCAUCAGAGUUGCUGAAUAUUACUGAAUAUGUGGGGACCAUCAAUGAUGUAUCAGGAAGGGCAAGGCUCCUUCUAGUUCUUCCUGAUGCUUUCUUGGAUGCAUUUUUGAUAUUAUGGAUUUUUACAUCUCUUUCAAGAACCCUGGAACAGUUACAGGCCAAACGGAGUUCUGUUAAGCUGGAUAUAUAUAGGAAAUUCUCAAAUGCAUUAGCAGUAACGGUGAUUGCAUCAGUUGCUUGGAUAGGAUAUGAGGUAUACUUCAAAGCUACAGAUCCUUUCAAUGAGCGCUGGCAGAGUGCUUGGAUCAUCACCGCUUUCUGGGACAUUCUUGCAUUUGCAUUACUCUGCGUUAUAUGCUAUCUCUGGGCCCCAUCCCAAACCUCUCAAAGGUAUGCAUAUUCGGGGGAAGUUGGAGAAGAAUCUGAUGAUGAAGAAGCUAUGUCUUUAACUAAGGGAAAGCACGAAGGUCAAGGUGAAGUAAGUUUAGUCAGGCAAGAGAAGAAUACCGGAACUGAUGCAUCUUUUGAUCAAGAAGACGAGUCAGAAGAGGAUAAAAGGGAAUAAGCUCUUAGCAGUUUUCUUUUGCUACACUAAUGCUGUUUUCGCAACUGGGUUUGAAGUCUUAGACUUGUGCCACAACCCUUCUCAAGAGGUGUUGUAAAAUUUUGUUCAUUUGUACCGGAAUACACAGCUUCAUAUUCUUUGUUUUAGAAUACUAUAUGUUUUAUCAUGUAUUUAA